AUGAGCGCCGCCGCCCAAGAGGCGCGGCAGGAGGCGGAGGCUGUUAUGUUCGGCGCCAUCGACAACCUGCUCGCCAAGACAGGGGUGAGGGCCAGGGACAUCGGCGUCGUGGUCGUCAACUGCAGCCUCUUCAACCCGACGCUGUCACUCUCCACCAUGGUCGUCAACCACUAUAAGCUCCGCGGUAACGUCGCUAGCUACAACCUCGGCAGCAUGGGAUGCAGCGCCGGGCUCAUCUCCAUCAACCUGGCCAAGCAGCUACUCCAGGUCCACCGGAACUCGUACGCGCUGGUGGUGAGCAUGGAGAGCAUCAUGAUCAACUGGUACCGGGGCAACGACUGCUCCAUGCUCAUGUCCAACUGCCUCUUCCGCAUAGGCGAUGCGGCAAUCCUCCUCAGCAACCGCGCCGCCGACAAGCGCUGCUCGAAAUACCAGCUCGUGCACACCGUGCGCACGCACCACGGCACCGACGACCACGCCUACCGUUGCAUGUUCCAGGAGGAGGAUAAGGCUAGCCUGGUCGGUGUCGCGCUCUCCAAUGACCUCAUGGCCAUCGCCGGCUCGGCCCUCAAGACCAACAUCACCACGCUCGGCCCCCUCGUUCUCCCCAUGUCCGAGCAGAUCCUUUUCCUCAUAUCUCUCAUCGGCAAGAAGAUCUUUAGUCUCAAGAUGAAGCUCUACAUUCCGGACUUCAAGAUGGACUUCGAGCACUUCUGCAUCCAUGCUGGCGGCAGGGCGGUGCUGGACACCAUCGAGAAGAACCUGGAGCUCAGUGACUGGCACAUGGACCCUACGAAGAUGACAUUAAACCGGUGGGGGAACACGUCGAGCAGCCUGCUCAGGUACGAGCUUGCAUACACGGAGGCCAAGGGACGCGUCCGACGCGGGCACCGUGCAUGGCAGAUCGCCUUCGGGUCAGGGUUCAAGUGUAACAACGCGGUGUGGCGCGCGCUCAAGGACAUUCACCCGUCAAAGGAAGCCCGUAACAACCCAUGGAUUGAGGAGAUCCACCGGUUCCCAGUUGAGGUGCCCAAGGUGGAGAGCGUCGUUUCAUCGCCAUGA